CCCUAACUGAUUAGCUCUCUUCCAAAACCCCUCCCUCCACAUGAAAAUCCCACGAUACCAACUCCACCAAGUAACUCACCCCCUCAGGGGAAGGUCGCUUCUCCUCUCUCUCUCUCUUACUUUCUAUCUCUCUCUAAACUAUUAAUUUCUGCAGUACCUUCCUAAAGCAACUUUCUCAGAAUUUAAUUUCAUUAUCAAUGGCAUCAUCAUCAUUAUCGUCAUCACUUUUCUCCUCCACCACGCAAAACCACACAGCAUUACCCCUGAAUGCUGCUGACCAGGUUCUUCUUCUUCUUCUUCCGUUUUUUGAUGCUCUGGGGAAAAUGGACUUCUCAUGGAUGGUGGACUUUCUCAAGGGCAUGGUGAAGCCUCUGGCCGCCACCGUGGUGGUGCUGCUGGCGGUGGCGCUGUCGCAUGUACAGAAGCUGGGUUUGGGUGGCGAGAUGGUUUACUCUAUUGCCAGGGCGUUUGUGCAGCUUUCGAUUAUUGGGUUUGUUUUGCAGUUCAUUUUCACUAGGGAUAAUGCUAUUUGGAUCAUUCUUGCUUACCUUUUCAUGGUCUCUGUUGCUGGCUACACAGCAGGUCAAAGGGCUAAACAUGUUCCUAGAGGGAAGUAUGUUGCAGGGGCAUCAAUAUUGGUUGGAACUUCAAUUACAAUGUUCCUUCUUAUUGUGCUCAAUGUAUUCCCCUUCACUCCAAGAUAUAUUAUCCCUGUUGCCGGAAUGAUGGUCGGAAAUGCAAUGACAGUAACCGGGGUUACAAUGAAAAGACUUCGAGAUGAUAUCCGAAGUCAAAUGAACUUGGUGGAGACGGCAUUAGCUCUAGGAGCAACACCACGCCAAGCAACACUUCAACAGGUGAAGAGAGCUUUGGUGAUUUCUCUGUCUCCGGUUCUAGACAACGCAAAAACCGUUGGUCUCAUCUCACUUCCUGGAGCAAUGACUGGCCUCAUAAUGGGGGGAGCUUCUCCCCUAGAGGCCAUUCAGCUACAGAUUGUGGUCAUGAACUUUCUAAUUGGUGCAUCUACAAUUAGCAGCAUCUUGUCAACAUAUCUGUGUUGGCCUGCCUUCUUUACCAAAGCUUAUCAGUUAGAGACCAAGGUCUUCUCCACAGAAUAGUAUUUCAGUUAUGAAUGCAUAUCGAAACAAAUACCGGAGGAUACAGUAGCUAUAUUUCAAGUGUUGGAUUAUUGUACAAUAUUAUUGUAUCAUCACGUACCAGUCAGUUUUGAAGUGAUAAAUCUAGCUGUAAGAUGUACUCCUCUGUAAUAAGUUAAUAACAUGAACACUUUCGCA